UGAGUUGCUGGUGUAUUUCAACCGCUGCGUUUGGCUCGGGCGCAGCAGCUCCUCCCCUUGGUGGUGCUAUCCUCUUACUUGAUCAAAUUCUCGAACGUGAACAGUUUCACUGAAAAGCACUUUAAAAAAAAAAAGAAAAAGAAAGAGGGAGAGAAAGAGAGAGGGAGAAAAUCCAACAGUGAAACAACCGAAUCCAACUAAGGAGUUUUGUGGGUUUUUUGUUUUUUUUUUAACUGCUCAUCAUCUCAGAGGCUGAGAAAAAGGUGGAAGAAAAGACCUUUGGCUGCAAAAUAAUAAUAAUCAACCAGCCUCUCCCCUCCCUCCUUUUAAAAAAGAACCCCCGCCCCCCCCAGCCCUCCAACUCUCUCUGCAAGGCAUGGAGAGAGGGGCUGGUUGGUUCUCCGGCUGCUCCGUCGCUUGGAUCGCCUCGACAUGGCUUUUGUUUGGCACUUGGUGUUUUACCGGCGCUGAGAUAACUUGCAGGUCUUGCUUUUCGUCUUCUUCGUCGCCUGCAGCUUUCCGGGUUAAGCUGCUGCAGCAGCCGUCGCCGCUGGAGGUUCCUCGGGGAGUGUCGCUUGGGCCAAGUGGCGGCGAAGAAGGGGAAAGCUUGCAGGAGAAACCGGGCGGAGGAUGGGGUGCUGCUGGAGACGACGGAGAAGGGGAAGGCGAAGAGAUGGGGGAGCUCCGAGAGGAUCGGGGCCUGGGCAGGGGUCAGCCGCUGGCGGCGGGGAUGGCGGCACUGGGCAUCUCGGCGCACGGGGAAGUUCUUGCCGGCACCCCAAAGGGACCCGGGAGGGCGCGUAGGAGCUCGGAUCCCGGCCGAGCCGGCCAAGUCUUGGGGAGGGCGAGGCGGAGGCGCAGUGGAGGAUCCUUGGCGUUCGGCUGGCAGGAGAUGCAGCUGUUGCCCGGAGAUGCCAGGGAGGAAGGAAGCCCUCUUGGCAAGACGCCGGGCGGCAACCCUCGUGCGCCCAGGGCCAGGAGGAGCAGCGAGGAUCGGCAGCCUUUUGCCCCGGACACCCUCGGGGCAGACGACGGAGGCGGCUGGGGCGUCUCCUUAACGGAUGGCCCCAAAGCGACCCGAGCUCAAGGAAGAGGCUCCAAGGAGGAAGGGCAGAUGGGCAGGCUGCGGGGAGGAGGCGACGAGCUGAAAUUGACCAGCACGACCUUUGCCCUCACCGGAGACUCGGCCCACAACCAAGCCAUGGUGCAGUGGUCCGGCUACAACAGCAGCGUGAUUCUCAUUCUUACAAAGCUGUAUGACUUCAACUUGGGAAGUGUUACUGAAAGCUCACUUUGGAGGUCCACAGAUUAUGGUACUACGUAUGAAAAGCUAAAUGACAAGGUGGGACUGAAGACGGUGCUGAGUUAUCUUUAUGUCAGCCCUACAAAUAAGAAGAAGAUCAUGCUCUUGAGUGACCCUGAGAUUGAAAGCAGCAUACUGAUCAGUAAUGAUGAAGGUGCCACCUAUCAAAAAUAUCGACUCAACUUCUACAUCCAGAGCCUGCUCUUCCAUCCUAAGCAAGAGGACUGGAUUCUGGCCUACAGCCUUGAUCAGAAGCUCUAUAGUUCUAUGGAUUUUGGUAGAAGAUGGCAAAUCAUGCAUGAACGGAUCACACCAAACAGAUUUUACUGGUCUGUCACAGGCUUGGACAAGGAGCCUGACCUUGUACACAUGGAGGCUCGGACAACAGAUGGACAUGCCCAUUAUAUAACCUGUAGGAUUCAAGAAUGUUCAGAAACUACCAGGAGUGGCCCUUUUUUGCGCUCUAUUGACACAAGCUCACUUGUCGUUCAAGAUGAAUACAUCUUCAUUCAGGUGACUGCUGGUGGAAGAGCAAAUUAUUAUGUGUCCUACCGAAGGGAACCUUUCACUCAGAUAAAAUUGCCCAAGUACUCAUUACCAAAGGACAUGCAUAUUAUCAGCACACAUGAGAAUCAGGUGUUCGCUGCAGUUCAGGAAUGGAACCAGAAUGACACAUACAACCUUUACAUCUCUGACACCCGAGGGGUCUACUUCACCCUUGCCUUGGAGAACGUCAAGAGCAAUCGAGGACUAGAGGGGAAUAUAAUUAUUGACCUUUAUGAGGUAGCAGGGAUCAAAGGCAUAUUCCUGGCUAACAAGAAAGUGGAGGACCAAAUUAAGACUUUCAUCACCUACAACAAAGGGAGAGACUGGCGUUUGCUGCAGGCGCCAGACUCAGAUCUAAGAGGGGAUCCCAUACACUGUCUGCUGAACUUCUGUUCCUUACACUUGCAUCUGCAAAUCUCCGAAAACCCUUAUACUUCAGGCAGCAUCUCAAGCAAAGAGACAGUUCCUGGACUUCUGGUUGCUACAGGCAAUGUGGGUUCAGAACUUUCAUACACUGAGGUUGGCAUGUUUGUUUCUUCAGAUGGUGGAAAUUCCUGGAGACAGAUCUUUGAGGAAGAGUACAAUGUUUGGUUCCUUGACUGGGGUGGAGCACUUGUAGCUAUGAGACAUACAUCAAUGCCCAUUCGCCAUUUGUGGGUGAGUUUCGAUGAAGGAAGGACCUGGAAUAAAUAUGGCUUCACAUCAGCGCCGCUCUUUGUGGAUGGGUCCCUAGUGGAACCGGGCAUAGAAACACAGAUAAUGACCAUAUUUGGGCAUUUCAGUCUCCGUUCUGAAUGGCAACUGGUGAAAGUAGACUACAAAUCCAUCUUUAGCCGGAGGUGCACCAAGGAUGACUUCCAGACAUGGCGCCUACACAACCAGGGAGAGCCGUGUGUCAUGGGAGAGAUGAAGACCUAUAAGAAACGCAAGGCAGGGGUCUGGUGCACACUGAGUAGAGACUAUUCAAGAACAGUUGUCUCAGAGCCUUGCAAAUGUGCCGAAAGAGACUUUGAAUGUGAUUAUGGCUAUGAAAGACACAGUAAUAAUCAAUGCAUCUCAGCAUUCUGGUUCAACCCAUCAUCCCAACUGAAAGACUGCAGCCUUGGACAGAGCUACCUAAACAGCACUGGAUAUCGAAGGAUUGUCUCUAAUAACUGCAUGGAUGGGCUACGGGAAAAGUAUGCUGCCAAAUCUGAACAGUGCCCAGGCAAAGCUCCCCGUGGUCUGCAUAUCCUCACAUCUACUGGCAAACUGGUUGCAGAACAAGGGUACAACACUACCUUCAUAAUCCUCAUGGAAGAGGGUGAUCUCCAGAGGACAAAUAUCCAGCUAGAUUUUGGAGAUGGUACCGCUGUGUCCUAUGCUAAUUUCAGCCCCAUUGAGGAUGGCAUCAGGCACAUUUAUAAGAGCACUGGGAUCUUCCAAGUGACAGCCUAUGCAGAAAACAACCUGGGUUCUGAUCUGGCAGCACUUUUCCUGCACGUGGUCUGUCCGGUGGAGCGUGUCCAUUUGAGCAUCCCCUUUGUGACCAUCAGGAACAAGGAAGUAAAUCUCACUGCUGUGGUUUGGCCUAGUCAGUCGGGCACCCUCACUUACUUCUGGUGGUUUGGCAACAACACAAAGCCAUUCAUCACCUUGGACAGCAGCAUCUCUUAUACUUUUACCACUGAGGGAAUGAAUACUAUCACAGUACAGGUCUCAGCUGGCAGCAUCCUCAUCCAAGAUACCAAGGAUAUUGCUGUGCAUGAGUACUUCCAGUCUCAGUUAUUAUCAUUCUCUCCUAAUUUGGAUUAUCACAACCCUGACAUCCCUGAGUGGAGAGAGGACAUCGGCAAAGUCAUCAAGAGAGCACUGGUGCAGGUGACUGGCAUUCCUGACGAACAAGUUCUGGUAGCAGUAUUCCCUGGUGUGCCCACCUCUGCUGAGCUCUUCAUCCUACCCCAUCACAACAUAUCAGAGAGAAGAAAAGGGAGUGAAGGUGACUUGGAGCAGGCUGUUGAAAUCCUCUUCAAUGCUUUGAACCAGAAUCUGGUCCAAUUUGAGUUGAAACCUGGUGUGGAAAUCGUUGUGUACGUCACUCAGCUAACAUUAGCUCCUCUUGUUGAUUCCAGUGCUGGGCACAGCAGUUCAGCGAUGUUGAUGUUGUUGUCAGUGGUCUUUGUGGGCUUGGCUGUUUUUUUAAUCUACAAGUUUAAAAGGAAAAUCCCUUGGAUUAACAUCUAUGCCCAGGUCCAGCAUGACAAGGAACAGGAAAUGAUUGGUUCUGUCAGCCAAAGUGAAAACACCCCCAAAAUCACACUGAGUGAAUUCACAGACCCUGAAGAACUCACGGACAAAGAGCUGGACUCGCGGGUUAUAGGAAGUAUCUCGACGAUCUCCAAUAGUGAAAGCACAAAGGAAAUCCCCAACUGCACUAGUGUUUAAUACCAGGAAUCCACUUUGAUGACAGCAUUUCUGAGUUUUUAUUUUAUUAUUAUUAUUAUUAUUAUUAUUACAAAGAAAAAGUUAUAUGUUAUUACUGUAAUUAUUAUUAUUAGGGUGGGUUCAUGGCGCAGGGUUCUCUUCUUCCUUUUUCCUUUUUUUCUUUUUAGGGCCACAUUCAUAAAUGGGAAAACUGUACCAUAGAAUAAUGCAAAGCUUAAUGGAAAUCCAGAAUAAGGCCCUGAACUCAAAUUUAUGGGCAAAUUUUGUAUUGCCCUAUUCAGCAAAAUAAUUGGCCUACUUUACCAUGGCAGUAUCAGAAGGCUAUUUAAAUGUAGUCAUAUUAGGCUUCUGUCUAUAGAAUGCAGGGAUCUCCCAUCACUUAGCACCCUGUAGCCAACAGCCCACUGAGUGUAUUGCCUUGUAUAUCUUUAAAAAUUAGGAAUUAAGUUUCCUGGGAUUAACUGUUUGGGUUCUCAUGAGAGUGGGCAAGAUGCACAAAAUGGCUGCUGACAAGCCUGACCAAGUUUAUGAAUGAGGCCCUCACUGGUGCAUGUUAAUACUGAGGAUACUGAUGGCAUACUGUAGAUAAUUACCAUGUAAAUACCUUUUUAUUUCUUGGGAAAUAAUUUAAUGUUUAGUAAAAAGAGAUAUUUAAAUUUAAAAACACACACACACACAUGCACACACACACACACACACGCACCUUCACACAUACAUAAGAAACAAAGCAGUUACCUGGAAACCUGGAGUGAGCAACUGUGUCACAAAUGGGAUCUGAACAUGUAUCAGUUGUCUGUCAUAUUUAAUUCCCUUUUUCUUUUUCUUUUGUCAACAUUAUGGAGGCGACUUGCAUAAACAUGGAAGUUAUGUCUCAUUGAUUUUAGCUUACUGGGUUAUGAGCACUUCACAGUGAAAUCCAAGAUAUUGUACUCCCUCAAAGACAGUAGGCAAAAAAAAGUCACUAGCCAAUGCCAGCUCUUGAAAUGAGCCUACCGCCAAGUCUUGGAAAUGCCAUGUUGAAUCAAUGAUAGAUGUAGCCUGAAUGAGUUUAGUUAGCAGGUUGUAUAGGAAGAUGAGCCUCAGUUUGAGAACACAGUUGCAGAAACUGGCUGACAUGAUGACAAACAUUAGUCAAAAGAGUCCCACUGAAAUUAAAAGAAGUUAGGCAAUGCUAAUUUCAAUGGUACUACUUUGGGUAAUAUUUCUCAUCAUACCAGCCAGUUUCUGCAACUGCAGAAGUUAGGCAUUGCUUAACUGGCCAUUUUAGUUUCAAUAGGACUAUUUAGAGUAAUUUUCCUCAUCAUACCAGCUGUAGACUUUUAUUGGCUACCAAGUAAAUUGCUCCUGUUCUAUCACCACGUAGCCUUUAGCCGUGCAUCUUUCCCACCUUUCCUUUUUGCUCUGUUGAGUCACUCGUGGCAUUCUUUUAUCAGCUUUGACAGCAGUUUUGCUCUGCUUUCAGUUUCUGAUCAGGAAAUGUUGAUGGAUUGCUGAGUAAGCCUACUGGCAAUCUACUAGCAAAAUAAACCUACUGGCAAUCUGUGUGUGGUUGCCUCCACUCUUUGUGGUCCCAGUGACAUGAAAUGUCACAGACUACCAUGGUAUCAUUAUCCUUGCAAUUGCAAAACAACUGUAGCUAUGAAACAUAAUGGGAUAAUACAGGUGAAACUCGGAAAAUUAGAAUAUCGUGCAAAAG